AUGAAGAUACUGAAUCGAGGAACAAGGAGUCUGCAGAGAAUAUCAAGUCGCGGAUCCGAUGAAAGCAUCAUAAGACAAUCCGCCGGUGGUGAUUCCAGUGACAGUCAAGAUGAAGUCGCAUCAGACAAUCAUCAACAUCAAGUUCACACGGACAUCCAACCUGAUCCAGCUCUUGGACGUCUGAUGACAUUCGUUCGUCCUGAUCCAAGAGACCUCGAUGCGUUCGAACCACCAGAGUCUCACUUUUGGGAUGAAGUCAAGGUCGCGCUGAAGUGGAGAACUGUGUCUGCAAUCAUCGUCAGGAAACUAUGGUCCUUGCUACCAAUUGUACAUUGGCUUCCGUACUACAGAUGGAAACAGGAAUUGAAGGGUGAUCUUCUAGCUGGUCUCACAGUUUCAGUGAUAUCUGUGCCUCAAUCCAUUGCAUUCGCCCAAUUGGCAGGAAUGCCACCGGCGUUUGGCUUAUAUACGAAUCUAGUACCGCCUGCAAUCUACUUCUUUCUUGGCACCUCGCCGCAUCUGUCUGUUGGACCAGUUGCAGUGAAUUCUUUAUUCAUAGCUGCUUCAUUACUGCCGCUCGCAGCUGCAGAAAGUGCGCGUUAUGUUGAUCUGGCUCUUUUACAAGGAAUAUUAGCAGGAUUCUUCGCUCUGGGCCUGGGAUUAGCCAAUCUUGGUGUCGCUGUUACCUUCAUCUCGCCUGGUGUCAUCACUGGCUUUACCGCUGCUACCGCCAUUAUCAUAGUCUUAAGCCAAAUGUCAUCUCUUCUCGGGUUGAGUGGAGUCACCAGAUCUGCUUAUGCCUCGGUAUCACUAUACAAUUUAUGUGUGCAGCUUCCAACCGCACGUUGGCAGUCGGUUGUAUUUGGGGUAACUAGUUUGGCUGCCCUGCUGUUACUGAGACGAGUAAAGAUAUUAUCACGACCAUCGGUAUUGAUUGUCUCUGUGGUCGCCACUGUCUUGUCUUGGAUUGUGUGUACAAAGGCAUCAUUUACACUUGAUGUCGUUGGGUUUGUACCACCGGGACUACCACCACUAUUUGUUCCCUCGUUCAACUCUGACGAUGUCACCUCUGUGAUUGCCAGCAGUUUCGCGGUAGCAAUCCUCGGAUAUAUUCAAUCAAUAGCAGUUGCUAAGAAACUUGCAGAAGGGACCGAAGUCGAAAUAAAUCCAUCUCAAGAAUUAGUUGCUUUGGGCAGUGCCAAGCUUGGAGGUGCUUUGUUUGGUGGAUUUGACGCAACUGGAUCUAUAUCGAGAAGUGUGGUGAACAUGCAGGCGGGUGGAACCACUCAGAUGGCAGCUGCAUUCUCAGUUAUUGUAGUCAUUAUAAGUUUGCUGGUCUUGACUCCACUGUUUUAUUGGCUUCCUCGGUCGACACUAGCAGGGACGAUCAUCGCUAGUGCAGUUGGGAUGGUGGACAUUGCAGCUUACAAAACGAUGUUUCGAGUAAAUCCGAGAGAUUUCAUAAUCGCAGUCUUAACAGCCGUCGUCACGUUUGGUGCUACUAUACAAAUCGGUCUAGCUGUUGGUGUGGGUGCUUCACUCUUUGCAAUCAUCCUUCAAACGACCUCUGCCCACGAAGCCAUACUUGGAGAGGUUCAGCCCGGAGUGUUUCGGGACAUUCGAAGGAAGAAGAGUGCUGUGUCGUUUCCCAAGAUUGUGAUAUAUAGAUUUGAUGGACAAUUGCACUUUGCAAAUGUGGAGAGGUUUCGGUCUCAUGUUGUUGGGAUUGUUACGGGGGAGUGGAAGGGAGGCCCGGACUGGAUUGAGAAGCCAUUGUCACGGUCACCAUCGUUUGCAGAGGUUCGGAAGAGCUCUAGGUUUAACCGAGACUACGAUGUCGAGCUGUCGAACGUGAUUAGUAAAGAUAAGCCAAGGUUUAUAAUCGUCGAUGGAUCUGGGAUCAACGACAUAGACUCUUCGGCAGCCGCUGUGCUCGUCUCGCUAUCAUCCUCACUGCGCAAGUAUGGUAGCGUGAAACUGCUAUUUGCAAACAUGAAGGGCCAGAUCCGAGACGUAUUGUUUAAACAAGUGUCUGGUCACUUUGACCCGUCAAGUGCACCUUCUACACCACAACUCGGAUCAAAGCCUCGUUUAGAAGGGCUACGUCGGGAACAAUUCUUUUUGGGUGUAUCUGGGGCAUUGAGAUAUGCACAAGAAGCGGUGGCCUUUGAAGAACAGCGCCAAAGGACUUUACGUGAAUUUGCUUUUACUCAUUCCAUUGACGUAACUCAUGAUAUUUCUGCUGCUGUCGCAUCUGGGUCUGAAUAA